GUAGUUGUGAAAAAAAUGUGUAUUGAUGUCCGGUUGAAAUUACAGAUGUUGUUCGGCUGCCGGCGUGUUUUUAUCGAAGUCCACAAGAAAGCCACCAAAUUUGUAUUUUUCAGAAACUACAGUAAAAAGACUAUCAAAAUGGCACUAACAGAGGUUUCUUCUAACAAAAUGUUUGGAGGAUGGCAGAAAGUGUUCAGCCAUGAAAGUUCCGAGCUGAAGUGUACAAUGCGGUUUGGUGUGUUUAUUCCUGCCCAGGCUGAAAAUAGCAAGGUUCCUGUAGUGUACUGGCUGUCAGGAUUGACAUGUACAGAGCAGAAUUUUGUAACGAAAGCAGGAAGUCAGAAGUUUGCAGCAGAAAAUGGGCUCAUGAUUGUAGCUCCCGAUACAAGUCCAAGGGGGUGUAAUAUUGAAGGAGAAGAUGAUUCCUAUGACUUUGGAUCUGGGGCUGGUUUCUAUGUUAAUGCCACUCAGGACAAAUGGAAAACAAACUACAGAAUGUACGCCUAUGUGACAGAGGAAUUGCCAGCCUUAAUCAACAACAAUUUUGCAGCGAAUCCUGAUAAAAUGUCCAUUUUUGGUCACAGCAUGGGAGGACAUGGAGCAUUGGUGUGUGCCUUGAAGAACCCUGGGAAAUACAAGUCAGUCAGUGCAUUUGCACCUAUCUGUAACCCCAUGAUGUGUCCCUGGGGUCAAAAAGCUUUCUCUGGGUACCUCGGUGAUAACAAGGAUGAUUGGAAGGCAUAUGAUGCUUCAGAAUUGGUAAAAGCUUACAACGGCCCUCCUCUGGAAAUAUACAUUGAUCAGGGGAAAGCAGAUAACUUUCUACAAGCAGGACAGCUACUUCCUGACAACUUUGUUGCAGCAUGUGCUGAAGCCAAAAUGCCUGUUGUGCUUAGAAUGCAGGAGGACUACGACCACAGUUACUUCUUCAUCGCCACAUUCAUGGAAGAUCAUUUGAAACAUCAUGUCAAGUUCCUCCUUUAGUAACAUAUAACACCUUGUGGACAGGAUUUCAGUGACUUAUGUUUACCCCAAAUGUACACCUAUCCUGUAUUGUAUGAACUGACAAAUUGCUUAAAUUCCCAUUUUUGUUAUAAAUGUACCCAAUGUCCGAAGCCAGAUUGCAUUUAAGUUGCUUCCAUGUAAACUAAAUUAUAAACCUGGUUUAAAGGCAUACUUGCUUUCAAGAAUAAAUAUCAAAUUAGUGAUAUUAUACCUUAUUUGUCCUAGAAGUUAAUUAAUUUUAUUUUUUCCCUGAUAAAUCAUGAUUAUGUCUAAUGUCACAACUCUAUGGUAGAUGUGUUUUGUAAUUAAUAGCGAAAGUAGACAUUUGAAUGUAUUUACCAUUUAAAGGCUUCAUGUGGUUUGAUAUGGCUGUACAUAGAAAAUGUACGGGCGUUUUCCACUUGUGAUACAUGUGUCAGGUGAUGUCAUAUUAAACGAUAGAUAUAUCAGUCAGUAAUGUACCAUACCUGCUCAAUAAUUACCACUCAGCAAAACGUUUAUUCAAUAAGUAGAUAAAAUGUUUAGAAUAUUAAUUUUUUUAUUUAAUUUGUGCAGAACACUUUUCAAAUAUUUUUUUUCAUCUACAAAGUUGAGACGUUAUGAUAAUUUGAUCAAACUGGGCUCGUAUAGGCAUUCUAUGGUAGUAGAGUACCCAUAUAAAAAGGUGCUGUUAGUUUUUUCAUUCUGAAUGUGAUUAUUUUUUACAUAAUUAUGUUGAUUUCGUUGUUUUCUUAAUUGGAAUUGAUAUCCAUUUGUACUAGAACAUCUCUUGAUAUGUUGAUAGCUCGGAUGAUGUGUAAACGUUUUGGUUCUUGAAUUAGUGCUAUGUGUUUAAACCCCCAUUCAGCAUUGUGAAUUACGUGGAAAAUUUCAUUUCUAUGGUUUUUAUCAAGCAAGUAUUGUGUGCUGAAAUAAACCUGAAAGAUGUACCAGAACACUUGUGGUGUACAUUUCUCCAUGUAGAGUGUCUCACUAAACUGUAAAGGAGAGGUCACUUUGAAAUGAUUUUUCGGAAUAUAGUAUGGAAAUUUAUGGUAUCAGUUGUGUGUGAGUGUAUUUUGUAUAAAAGUUAUAUUUGUGGACUUUGAAACCAAAUCACAUUGGAAUACAUAAGGUUUAACAGAUAUGUGAGUAAUAUAGAAUGUUGUGUGCGUAGAAGUUUUUAUAGAUAAGUUGUCACCAGAGAAACUGAUUUACCAUCCUUAAAUACCUUGUUUAACUGUUUUCCACCUGUAUCUAUCAAACAUACUCACAGGUAAACAUAUUUUGUACAUAGAAUGUAGUAUACAAAAAUCUUGAAUUCAAUUUAUACUUACUUUGUGAUCUUAUUGAGAAAAUUUAGAUAUAUUGAAAAUUUAAAAUUUAUUGAAUGUUUCAUUGAAAAGAUGGUCCUACCUGGAUAGGUACAUUUGUAGAUGUGUACUGUCUAGUGAGGGAAAUGUUUUAUGUUUUUAGAUGUACUGCAGUAUUGUAACUAAAAUAUUCUAUGGUUUAUCAGUAAUUCAGUAAAAUUUGUAACAGAAAUGCUAAUACAAUAUGUACAUCUGUGUACAAACUCUCUGAUAACAGAACUGACAUGGUUAUGUGUCAUUCACCAUUAUAAGCCCUCUCCCCUUAUUUCCAAAUGAAUGAACUAUAAUUAUUAUGGAUCUAAAUGAAUAAAAUUUGAUUGUUAACCAAAAAGUAAAAUGACAGAAAUCUUAAA